UAGAUGUUAUUUUUUUGGGGCAGGCCAUGAUUAAGAGAUUGGUGUUCCUUGCGAGCCAAUGCAAAUCUGCGUUGGUAAACCCAUGAAAUAAUUUUCGCCGCCGACGGAGGCAAGGGGAAUGUCGGUGCCGGCAUCGACUUCCUGCAUCUUCUGUCAAAUCGCCCGCUCUUCCACCUCCACCCCUCUCCUCCACUCCGAUGAGAAGGUUGUUGCUUUUCAAGACAUUAAACCUUCAGCCUUCAGGCAUUACUUGGUAAUCCCUGUGGAGCACAUCCCGACUGUCAAAGACCUCCAGAAGAGAACUGAAGACUUCUCAUUGGUGAAUCACAUGUUAAAUGUGGGGCAGACUUUACUGUGCCGAGAUGCACCCCAGCCCACACAGUAUAGAUUUGGCUUUCAUCAACCCCCUCUGAACAGUGUCAACCAUCUCCACCUCCACUGUUUGGCGCUUCCUUUCACGCCCAGAUGGAAAAGUGUAAAAUACUUGCCGUUGGGACCUCUGGGUGGGUUUAUUGAAGUGGAGAAGUUGUUGGAAAGGAUAAAGCCAUUGGCUGCUGCUUCUAUUCCACCAAAAGUGUGAUGUUAAUAAUAAUACAACAACAUUCUAUGUGUCUAUCUAUUUGACUAUAAUUCGAUGUAAGCAAAUGCAUUUGUCAAAACCCUUGUAAUCUUUAUGAAUCUUGUGAUGCAAACUCUCAUAAUGAAUGAACUGUUUAGUUUUUACCGC